UUCGUUGAAAUCGAUCGGGAAAGGUAUCACAAGCAUCGCCACCACGAAGUGCCGUUGCUAGGAGUGCGUUCGGGUAAGCAGUUUUGGUGGAAUGUCCGACUGCGAGGAAUCGCUGGAGAGCAGGCUUGCCAAAUUUCGACUCGAUAGGGAAUUGACCAAACAGGACUCAGCAGUCGGAGGGGCACCACAGCAGACAGAAAUGGAUCGUGGCGCGGGUAGCAGUGGUAGAUUCCACGGAGGUAGUGGUCACAGAGGUUCAAGACGCGGAAGAGGAGGAUAUGGGGUCGAUGAAGGGGAACCGUGGAGAGGUGGAAAGAAGUUGCGGCGAGAUAAGGUCAAAGAAAGGAUGGCCUACGAGAAUGGCGAAGGUGGAAGCAAUGCCAAUAGAUUCAAACGGUUUGGUGAUGGCAGAGAUGAUGAGGUGGUUACUGGUGGGGACGAAAGACCGCCACCUGGAUUACGCGGAAAAGCAUUGGGAUUGUUCUAUCGCGAUAGGCAGACGAGGAAGAAGAAGGAGAACGAAAAGAGGAAGGCAGUGGAUAUCACCAUUCCACAGUGGCAAAUCGAGGAGAUUCGCAAGCAGCUGAAGCUACCGGAUGGACAUGAAAAUGUGGACUUUUUCAAACAUUUCACUCACAACGAGGAUAUAAACUCGCCGUUUAAGAACGAGUACCUGAGGGUGAUCAAUAAGAAUUUGGAGCAAAUACUGAAGGAGGAAUCCUUGAAAAAUGACGUCCCGAUCGAUGAUAUGCAGGCCGAGUGGAAGCGGUUGGUGAAUGAUAAUUUAUAUGCGGAAUGUCUUCAGAAAGAUGAGUUGGGUGAGAUGAAGAGCUUUCGUGAAAAGCUACCCGCUUUCGGAGCCCGGCAGGAGAUUCUACGCAUGAUUGGCGAACAUCAGGUAAUUCUGGUGAAAGGUGAAACGGGUAGCGGAAAGACUACGCAGAUUCCGCAGUUCAUUUUGGAUCAGGCGAUGAUGCAGGGGAAAGGAUCUGAUUGUCGGAUUAUUUGCACUCAGCCGAGGAGGAUUUCGGCGAUUACGCUCUCCGAAAGAGUGGCAUCGGAAAGGGGUGAGAAAUUAGGGCAUUCGGUGGGCUACCGAAUCCGGUUGGAUUCCCGGAAGCCUCGUAACGACGGAGCCAGCAUAACCUUCUGCACGACGGGGAUUGUUUUGUCCAUCAUGCAGAGCGAUCCUUGCUUGAAGGAUUAUUCCCAUUUGAUUUUGGAUGAAAUUCACGAACGAGAUGUCAUAACGGAUUUGCUGCUGGGGAUUACCAAGAUGAUUCUUCCGUAUAGGAAAGAUCUGAAAAUCAUACUCAUGAGCGCCACCUUGACGGCGGAGACCUUUUCCAGUUACUUCGACAACUGUCCAACGGUGCAGAUUCCGGGAUUGGCUUUCCCCGUGGAAGAAUUUUACCUAGAAGACAUCGUCACCGAGUUGAACUUCCAUCAUUUCGAAGGCCAGAUUGUGAAGAAGAACUACCGCAAUCGAGAUCGAUUUAACAUGCAAUUUUACGAUAUGAUCGAUCCGUACUUGGGAGAAAUACGGAAUCGCUACCCCGCCCAGGUGUUGAGUACCAUCAGCAAUCCUCACAGCGAAACCAACCAAAACGAUCUCAUCGUGGAGCUUAUCUCCUUCAUAACGACCACCAAACCGGAAGGAGCGAUCCUUGUCUUCCUGCCGAGCUUGGCUCAGAUAACGGAAGUAAACAAGCUCCUGUCCAACCACCGUCAGCUGUCGAAGAUGUCGACAUUGAUCUAUCCUUUACAUUCGAAAGUUCCUCAACUCGAUCAGAAAGCGGUCUUCUCUCGACCUAAAUCGGGUACACGAAAGAUCAUCCUCGCAACGAACAUUGCCGAAACCUCGAUUACAAUCGACGACGUGGUGUACGUCAUCAACGCCGGUCGACACAAGAUCAACAUGUACGAGGAUGGCAUCUCUUCCCUUCGCGAUGAGUGGAUUUCGAUUUCGAACGAAAUUCAACGGAAAGGUCGCGCCGGACGUGUCCAACCGGGCGUCUGCUACCAUUUGUAUACACGAGCUCGUCGAAAUGUGCUGCUCCAAAACACCCCGCCAGAAAUCCUUCGUGUAGCACUGGAUGAAGUCAUCCUGAACAUCAAGAUUCUCGCCUUGGGUGACGCUGGGCGCUUCCUAGAAAGACUCCUGGACCGACCUUCGGAAUCGGUAAUCGAGGAAUCUCUCAAACUUCUGAACCGUCUUAACGCGAUUGACGACAACGAGACGCUAACUCCACUAGGUUACCACCUCGCCCGUCUACCGAUGGACCCCCGUACCGGUAAAAUGGUUCUCCUGUCCAGUAUAUUCAGCUGCACCGAUCCCAUCACUUCGAUCGCUGCCAGCCUUUCGUUCAAGGAUGCUUUCUACAAACCCUUCGGGAAGGAGAAGGAGGUGGACCGUGUUCGCCGCAGAUUCGCCGAGAACUUCCACAGCGAUCACCUAAUGUUGGCCAACGUCAUUCACCAGUGGGGUCAACUUUCCUACCGGGAGCUACCAGACUUUGCACGGCGAAAUUUCCUAAACCAGACGACUCUCAAUCAAUUGUGCAACAUGAAGCAACAGUUCUGCGAGUACUUCCAUGCAGCAAAGUUUCUGCCGAAUGCUCAACCGGGAGCACAAAGCAACAAUCACAACUCCGGGAACGACAAACUGCUGUCGGCCAUCGUCGGAGCUGGACUGUAUCCAAAUGUGGCUGUUGUGAGAAAGGUCAUCCGCAAUCGACACAAUGCGGACGGGCGAGCGAUUUUGGCUAUUGAAGGUCAGGGCCGGGCGACCAUGCAUCCGUCGUCGGUGAAUAGCAAGCUUGCUAACUAUGACUCGAACUUCGUGGUUUACUACGACAAACAGAAGAUAUCGGAUCUGACGAUCUUCGAUACGACGGUGGUGAAUCCGUUUCCGUUGUUCUUCUUCGGAGACAAUCACGUGGAAACGGAAGGGAGAUUCGAACUGAUUUCCAUUGCCGGGCAUUACUGUUUGAAGUGCAACAAGGAAACAUAUCAGUUGAUUCAGGAUCUGCGUGGUGGUUUCAAUUUGUUCCUGCAGAAGAAAAUCUGCGAACCGUCGCCGGUCGAUUGGUCAUCGGAGGAGGGAACGCUGCUGAGAGCAAUCAUCCAACUGAUAACGAUCGAUGGAAAGUUUGAAGACGACUUCGACUACGACGAUCCAUCGCCGGCUCCGGGUCCCAGAAGGAAUCCGGAGGAAAUUCCGCUGGACGAACCGGAAACGAACUACGCCGACGAUGAUUUUAACUAUCCAAUGUUUUAGAUUUCAGAAAACCAUGCCAAUUCUCACAUAAUUUCCUAACCUAGCUAAGUUUGUUACCGGAAUAAUAAUAAUCCGUUUGGGAAUCGCAAAGAAACUUGUGAUGCCAUUUGUGUCUAAAUAAAACUUCUACACCACAAAGCUUUCCUUAAUCCAACCCCACUAGUUCCAUUUUUCCAUAUACUGCCUACGGUCGAUGCGAGGGAGACGGAUUGCGUGGGGGAUAAAUUUAGCAAAUUAAAUUGUAAUUGUAAUUUAUAUCCAUUCGGGAGUGAAAGAGAGAAGAAGCGUGUGCGUGCGUUCGGAUGAAUCACGACGGAAGGAGA